AUGUCGGAUAUCGAUAUCUCAACUCUUUCAACCCCGGCCAAAGCUACAGCUGAUUUUUGUUUGAUCCCUAUCGGCACACCAACAGCAUCGGUAUCAGCACAAAUAGCGGAUGUGCAAAGGCUAAUGAAGAAGUCUGGGCUGAAGUACAGUAUGCAUUCUGCAGGGACAACUGUCGAAGGAUCAUGGGAUGAAGUGACUCGUGUGAUCGGCCAGGCGCAUGCACUGCUGCACGGUAACGGUGUUGUACGCAUCCAGUCUGAUAUUCGGAUCGGAAGUCGCAUUGAUAAGUCGCAAACAAUGGAAGACAAAGUUUCAGCCGUCGAGAAGCUACUUGCAAGUGACGAGUGA